CGCUUUGAAAGCGACACGUAUUACAAUUCAGAAAAAUAUAGCAAAAUUUUGAUUCGAUUAUCAGUGGCUAGUAAUUUACGCUAACUCCUUAUAGUACGCGCCAAUUUUUGCCUGGGACUUGUUUUGGAAGCCCAUUGGUGUGUAGGAAAUUCUUCUUCCUUCCUUCCUUGAGAAGAUGUCCUUGAGUAGCGUGUCCUGCCUGUAUCAGCUGAACCAGGUGGACAAGUCGGCAAAGCAUAGUGGGUAACAUCAACAACAUGCACAAAGCAGAGACUACUUUUUACUCAAAAAUCGCAUUUUCCUCAAUCGAACCCCGGUGUUCGCGCUGAUUAGGCUUCAGGAUGUGCUGAAACUCCUGCAGGGUCCUUGGUUUUUCUGUGGCGCUACAGUACGUUGAUUUGAUCGCAAUGGUUAAAUUAAACGGGGUAAAAGAUCAAAGGACUACCGAUUCGGCGCCAAGCUUAAGUUCGAGUGGCAGUGGAUUGAUAUGCUUUAUUUGUGGAGCGUUUAAUGCAAACUGGCCUCUUUACUGUAGAUCUCGAAAUUCCGAGAAGAUGCCGUUUUUCCCGUUCUUGGAGUAUCAUGUGCCUGCCGAUGGUGCUCGACCGGUCGAUAAAACAAGCGGACAGGUCGACUCCUGUACGGUGUGUUUUUCCUUUCUCACUCAACAAUGGCAUGCUUUCGAAGAGAGCGCCACUCCAGUUGCAAAGCGAAUUUACUGGCUGAAAAGGUCAGGUCCUGAUUCAAGCGGAGAGAGACCUCAAAGCCCUGUUGAGAACAACCUAGCGAGAGGCGAAGAAACAAUAGCUGGCAAUAGCAACAUCACAGUGGCAGGAGAGAAUUUAUUUGAUAACGAUAGUUCAGAGUUGUAUCCGGCUGUUCAUAGUGAACCGGCGGAAGGGAAUUUUCUUGCCACCACUUCAGACGUGGAAAACGUUAAUCCGGUUUCCGAAGAUUCAGCUGAUCCUUUGGUGGAGAAUUCACCGCUAAAUGCUUUUCCUCGUCGUUCUGUAGGCCUUGAAACUUGUUACAUCUGUAGUAGGAGAAAGCCGAAAGAAUUCAUGAGAAGUGUACACACAAGACCGCAGCUUAAAACCGAGACACCGUUUUAUCCAUGUCUUGCACGACAUGUUCCUCCCACAAUCGCAAAGCAAAUGGACUACCUGGGUAAAGUUCUUGUCUGUGAAGCUUGUCAAAAGUUUUUAUUUCGUCAAUGGCAAGUCUUUCAGAAGAAUUCCACUCCAUUGAGUGAGAGACAGUACCAAUUAAGAUCUGACCCCUCCCUUCCUAGGGAGCAGCAGUCUCAGCUGUCAACCAUGGUUUGUUUUGUCUGUGGAGUCACACAGCCUGCAACAUCAGGAAGAUUUCUGUAUUCACGAAAGCAUACACCAGGACACCCCUAUUAUCCAUUUCUUAACAAUCUGCCCACUCCAGAGGGAGCCAUGCCAUUAACAAAACAAGGGUUGACAAGGGCUUGCAGCGGCUGUCGUAAAUCACUCCAUAGACAGUGGAAACACUUUGAAGCUGCUGGGAUUUGUGAAGACAAAAGGGAAUAUAGAAUUCGUAAUGAGGUCAUGGUUCAGUCAGCUGGAGGUACACCAGAAGAGACCGAGACAAUGGCUAAGAUUGCUUGCUACACUUGUGGUCAGUAUUGUUCUGAAUCUGACUGGCGGCCUGUUCACACUAAACCAAACACCAAUCCCCUCAAAGACAACUUCUACUUUCCAUUCAUAGCAUCAUUGACACCUCCAAAAGAUAGCAGACCCCUGGACGCAGAGGGUCGGACAUUUCUUUGCAAGAAAUGCUACAAACAACUGAGGUCAGAGUGGGAAGAGUUUGAGCAAAGCAAAAAACCUCAGGAUGAACGCUCUUAUGCAGUUAAACUAAGUCCAGCAAUCACAGAGGAUCUAGAGAUUUCUGCAGUUUGUUUUCUUUGUGGUCUCAGUAUUAACUCAACACUUCAUUUUAAGCUGUAUUCCUAUCCACACAGUGGUAAGGGUGUUCAUGAUGGAGGUCCAUUCUUUCCCUUCCUGUCAUCUAGAGAACCUGCUAUCAAUGCUCAACCUAUAGAUGGUGAAGGAACUGCUGUUACUUGUGAGAUUUGUUACCAUAACCUUAUGAUGCAGUGGAAUGCUUAUGAAAGUUCAGACAUUCCUGAGGAAUCCAACAGAUGGCUACGAAAGUAUUUGGUAUCAACCAUAAACUGUUAUCUGUGUUGCAAACAAGUGUCAAGGCUCUCAUCUGGAGCUGUAAAUAAGCAGUUGAUAUCGUUUCCAUCCCAUCACCAGCCACCAAAAAGUGGAAUUUUGGUAAAUAAUGGCAGAGAUGUUGUCCUGUGCAAUAACUGUCAGCGGGAGGUUCAAAGAGACCUGGAAGCAAUGGAUGAUUCUAAUGGUGUAACAAUUAGGAUGGUGCAGGAAUGGGAUAAUCAAGGUGCAGACAAGAAUCCUCUGGAGAGUGAAGUCAAAGAUUAUAAAUCUAGCCAAGGACGUGUCAUAGUCAUUGACUCCAGUGAGGAAAGUGAAGGUGAUGGUAGCUCGUCCCAGCUGCAAAACAAGAAAGUGAAAUUGGGCACCAACAGUUCAAAUGCGUCCCCCAUGCACUAUACAACAUCUCUGUCACCUGGAUUGCAACCUGUUGUACACAAUAAAGAUUCUACUCCUGCAACAACUGACUCGUCAAUGUCAGGAGGUCAAGCUAGUUUUGCAGCAGCACUAAGAAAACUAGCAAAACAAGCUAAACCAGUUCCUGCAUCAGCCUCUUCUCCCACUCCAUCGGAUAGCAGCUCUCAUUCUGUUUCACCAAGUGUCUCUGCUAUCAGCACAAAAAGCACAGGUAUGUCUCCAUCAAGAACCUCACCACCAUCAGGACAAACAGAAAUUAAUACAAAGGAUAAAGGAGGUGGUCAUCAAAGUCCAGGAGUAAUUGGUGUCCGCACACCCCCUGUUCCAUCUGCCCCUGUUGUGGAUCCAGAUCUCAGAAAUCACCGGCCAGGCGAGCAAACACGUGAAUCAAACAGGGGUCCCCACAGGCCAGAAGUUGGCCACCCUCGCAUGGGCCGUGAAGUGAUGCCAGGUGUCUUUUCUACAGUUCCCAGAGGCCAUUCAGAGGUACCCAUGUUGUCAGAGCACUACCCUGGCCCAGAACCUCCUCAUGCUCCUGUAGCCUUUUAUCCUGCUUAUGGGGCUAAACCAGAGUUGCCAAUAUAUGUCCCAAGAGGGCCCCAUCCACCUGGGCCCCCUCCUUUGUUGGCCUCUAAACGAGAUGGUCCAGAAGCCCAUAUGUUACCAGCAUUUUAUCCAACACCAUACCCUCCAGCGGUUUUGGAUCCCCAUGAUGUCCGUUUUAGCACCUGGAGGCAGCAAAGAGCAGCAGAACAUUUACGUCAACAGCAUGAGCGUCAUUCUAUUCUGCCAGAUGGUUCAGUGCUUAUAGAGCCUUAUGACCUUCCUAUUGCUCAUCCUGGUGAUGCAGCGCGGCAUCUACCUCCGGGAAGUGUUGAUCCAUUUGUUCGAAAAAACUCACCACAUUUAAGGCCAGGGGACAAUCCUGAGUCUCGUGAAACUAGGAAGCAGGAAUCUAUCGAGUCUGCAAAGAAAGACAAAGAAAGUGAAAGUGGCCCAGGAGAGCCAAAAAGAAGUACUGCAGAAGCACCUCUGCAGCGGGGUCUCUACCAGGAGCACAAACCAGGGUCCUGCCCUGUUCAUGGGCAUGGCACACCUGGUGGAGCACCGUCAUCAAGCUCAUCUGAGCCACCUAGGAGUCAUGGGCUUCAUGUUCGAGGUGACCCCAUAAUGGUGUCCAAGAUGACACGACCUGGUGAAUACAAAAGGAUGUUUCUCCCGACACAUGAGGUGCCUGUUCUUCAUCCAUACAUGGUGCACCCCCCGAGGGAUGCUCCUUACCCUCUACACCCCUUGGAUGAGAGGCAUGUUGAAUUUGUCAGAGAACGAGAAAGGCAGGAGUUCCUGUUGCAUGAGCGGCUGAUGUUUGAGCAGAAAGACAACCUCCGUGCACCUGGAGAGGACUGGCCAAGACAUCACCUACCACAAGAAAAACCUGGAGGUUUAGGUGUUUUGCGUUAUCCUCAGCCACAUCACCAACAGCGCUUAGACACUAGCAAGAGCCCCCUUUCAGUCGACCCUCACAAAGGGGACCCAUCCUUGGCUCGGAUAGCAGCCGGUAGGGAGGCAGAUCACCUGUACCGGGGCUUUCCUUUUCAUCCUUUUCACCAUCCACCUCCUGAUGGAAAAGGAUUUGGUGAUCGUUAUGGAAAUGAAUUAGAUCUUCGACAUCUUCAGCCUGAUACUGCAAGAAGAUCUUCUGUUGGACCAUCAGAGCGGCCAGGGCUGCAUGACACACCUUUCUUAGAUUCCCAUCCAUUUACCCGUGAAGGUUUUCAUGGAAAUUUGCCAAGGGUUGAAAGAGGUGGUGGUGAAAGGGAGUGGCAGCGACGAGACUUGGCAGCACUUGUCAAUGGAGAAUACAAACCUGCAGAUAUGCAGAGACCAAAAUCAACUGAAAGGUCAUCUCCUAGCAGUCUGGCCAAAAGAAUUAAAGUUGAGAGAGUGGUAGAUGAGCUUCCUCCCAAGAUUAGACAUGAUCCUUCUAAACUAAGGUUUCUUGAAGGGCUAGGGCUUGUAACUGUGGGAAAGAAAAAAGAGUUGAGCCAAGGAGGAACAAACUCUAAGAGAAAGUAUGACGGUGAUCAUGACAAUGAAAAUGGCAUUGAUUCCCCCAACAACUUGAUGAACGACAGUAAUGUUAAUGGUAACAUUGAUGAAAACAUUGAAAACACACCACCAUCUCUUCCCAGCCCAGAGAAGCUUGACUUUAUGGCCAAGCUUGGUCUGUUACCCCCCAGCAAAAGACAAGAGCUGGAGCAAACAUACGAGGUCAAAAGAAAUGAGAGGAAGAACCGCAAAAGUAGGGGCCGUCCUCCAAAAAGAGCACGAAGGGAUAAAGAGAAUGACAGAGAUUCUGACAACAGCCAAGGCUCUUUGGACCCAGACACAAUAACUGGACCAAUAACUCGACAAAAGCAACAGCUACUACAGGAGCAGGAACGAAAAGAAAACAGAAACAAAGAUCUAGAAAAACAACAACCAGUUAAUAUAAAACUUGAGGAAGCUGAAAAAAGGAUUCCUUCAUAUCCAUUUGAUAGACCCUUUCGUCGCAGCAGUGAUGAAAGAUUUCGACAAAGUCCUACAAUGAGCAGUAGUUCUAACCAUGUCCCCCCUCGUCUAACCCUUCAAUCACUCACAAAUAUGGAAGAUCCUUUUAGCAACAUCAGUGCAUCACAAUUUCGUCCGCCAUAUCUUCGGCAUACAGGGCUCUUGUCAAUCUCACAUGAGCAUGGGAAUGUUGCCUCUCAUGCCAGGGCUGACCACAGAACUGUGACACAGCCUAUUCGACCAGAGCCCCUGAGAAGUGUGGGGAUCACUUUUAGUGAACAAGAGACAAGAGAUUACCUCUCACAGCACCCAACCAAUAUACAAGGACGUCAGUUUGGACCAUUACCCUUGUCAGACCAGCAGAAUAGCAUUAGAAAUAAACAAGGAGAACCCUCCAAGGAUGAGGGGCAGCAGUCAUCAUCCCAAGGAAAGGAAGGGUACAAGUGGUCUGGAAUUGAGGCUGUCAUGCAAUCCUAUUACGCACAUGCGGCAGAGAGGUAUUUGGAAAUAGGUGUUCUCCAAGACAAUGCUGAUUUGUUAAAAUCCAAAAAUGUUUCCCUGAAUGAUGAGGCACAGGCUCUUAAUCUCCAAAUGACGAAUCUUGUCCAAGCCAAGAAGAAACUUCAAGAAGAAAAGACCACACUAAGAGAGGGUCUAGAUAGACUUCAUUUCUUUAUUGACAGUUUAAAAAGCUAAUAUAUGUGUAAAAUAGAUGUAAGAUUCUAUAUUUAAGAACUAGAUUUUCAUUGCAUUCUCCCAAGAAACAAAGUUUUGCUCUCACAUUAUGCACAGACACAAAAGUGUCAGAAAACUUUCAGACUUUUAAAAUAUUAAAGCCCAUACAUUAAUGUAUUUUUAAGCUUCAACAAAUAUUUCUAUGUUGUGUGCAAAAGUUAAUUUUUUUUCCCCAUGCUUUUCCAGAAUUAUCUGUAAUGUUGAUGAAGAGAAGUUUAAGCCAUUGACAAGUAAAUAAAUUAUAUGAAAAACAAUUAGCCUUCUUUGCAGGUGUCUCUUAACCCUUCACAGCCUAACAUCAGUAUCCAUAUUCUCCACACUCCUCUCCAUACAUUUCCUUUGGCACUGACAAGGAGAAUUUGUUUAACAAUCAAAGCUUCUUAAGUUGGUAAUCAUUUCCUUUAUUCCCAUGAUCUUAAUGAAUGAUUCAGAAAUAAAUUAUAGAAAUUGUGUUCUGGUCACACUUAUGUUAACCCUUUAACUCCCAAGAUCUGAUUGUUAAUUCUCCCCUCUAGCUGCUACACAUAUUCUUUUAAAUUAUAUUGCAGGUAUACAGUAUUCUGAAAUAUAAAAACAUUACAAAAAGAGCUUUACGGUGAUCUGGUG